AAACAUUCGGUCAUUGUUUAAUUUUAAAAAUAAAAGGAAUCAUAAGGCGAAUUAAGCAUAUAUUCUUAUUUUUUAUUCAACGCACAUGCCAUCAGAAGAAACAUUUUUGCCACCAUCACUCUAUGUGAUUAAAGCUAUCUUGAUAUUAGAUAAUGAUGGUAAUCGAUUGAUCUCAAAGUAUUAUGAUAAUACUUUUAAUGGUAUAAAAGAGCAAAAAGCAUUCGAAAAAAAUUUAUUCACGAAAACAUAUCGAGCUAAUUCUGAAAUUAUGAUGCUUGAUGGGUUGACCUGUUUGUAUAAGAGCAAUGUUGAUAUUUAUUUUUAUAUUAUUGGGAGUCAAAAUGAAAAUCCUAUUAUGCUGUUAAACAUUUUGAAUACAUUGUAUGACACAGUGAAUAUUAUUUUGAGAAAAAAUAUAGAAAAAAAAUAUUUUAUGGAAAAUUUGGACUUAAUGUUCCUAGCCAUUGAUGAAAUAUGUGAUAGAGGCAUAUUUAUGACAUCUUCACCAAGUUUAAUUAUUCAACAAAUUAUGUUGCGUAAUGAUGAUAUUCCUUUAACUGAGCAAACAAUGGCUCAAGUGUAUCAGGCAGCAAAAGAUCAACUGAAGUAUCAUCUUAUGAAAUGAAAAACGUUCCUCGAAUAAUUUUUUUUAAAAUUAUUAUACUUAUAUUUAUUUUGUAUCAAAAUCAAAUCACUUGUAAUAAGUAAAUAAAUAAUAUAUAUCGGCUUAUUUAAAUGUGAUUUAUUUAAUAAAAAUAUAUUAUAAUAAAUUCAUUUUAUACUUGGAAAAUUAAAAUAAAAAUUUUAUAUAA